UCAUAAAUAUUUGGGAAUUGUUAUUAUUUAUUACAGCUGCACUCACAAAAAAAUUAUAUCUACAUAUUUAGAUAUCCCAAUGCUCUACGAGUGUGACGCAGACGGCAUUGUUKCCGCUAUAAAAGCAUCACUUACACGAUUCGGUAUACCCCUAAAACAUUUAAUGGGCAUUGGAACUGACAAUGCUGYAGUCAUGGUUGGAGUUAAUAACGGUGUUUAUGCCAAACUGAAAAGAGAAAUACCGAGUCUAGUUUUGGUGCGCUGCAUUUGUCAUUCCUUACAAUUAGCAGUCUCCGCAGCAACAAAGGAGUUCUUACCCAGGAAUCUCGAAUUCAUUAUUAAAGAAACAUAUGAUUGGUUCAGCCGUUCUUCAUCAAGGCAAGCUGCCUAUAAAGAACUAUACAAACUAAUAAACGAUGGUCAUGACCCUUUAAAAAUUGUUCAGUCUUGCCAAACUAGGUGGCUUUCUCUAGAGUCCGCAGUUGCACGGAUUUACACACAAUGGCUGGAACUGAAAACACAUUUUAAUAUCGCAAAAUUAAAUGAAAGAUGCUACACAGCCGAAUUGCUGCAUGCAAUGUACUCUGAUGAUGUGAAUUAUGCAUACAUUUCAUUUAUUUAUCCAAUUCUCACUAAUGUUAACAGGGUUAAUAAAUUAUUUGAAUCGAAAGACGCAGAUCAUUCUAAACUGUAUGACGAACUGACUAAUUUAAUUGAUACACUUGUUGACAAGAUAAUAUUGCCUACCCAGAAGGUAGAUAUUUUUACGCAAAAUAUUCAAGAUUUUAUAGAUAAUAAAUGCUAUCUGGGGUACAGAUUUGAAAUUCACUUGCAAACAAUGAAAGAUAAAGGACUUCCGCCAAAUCAAGAAGAAAUAAUCCGCAAUAGGUGCAUCCAGUUCAUUGCAUCUUUGAUUCAAGAAUUGARAAACAGAUUGCCCGAAAACUUGAAACUCAUGAAAAGUAUUCAGAAAAUCAGCGUAGAACACGCACUAUCUCAUAACAAAGMACCGAUUACUGAAUUGAUGUUGCAUUUUAACAAAAAACAAGAAGAUAUUGCGAAGAUUGACGAGUAGUGGCGUCAAAUACAUCUACUCAGUUGGAAAAAUACAAAAAAUACAAAGGAAUUUUGGUACGAGGUAUUGAAAUUCGAAGAUA